UUCUCCUCAGUUCUAAGUUGCUUCUCUCCUUGAUUAGUUUCCACCCAUUGCUUCUUGUUCUACCCUGGUGGAGGGUAAAUGCUUUUGCAAGCAUGACAACUUGGUGAUACAUCAGAGGACUCACACAAGGAGAAGACCCUUUGAAUGUGCUGAUUGUUGGAAAACUAUCAGUAAAAAUUCCAUUUUGGUGGUCACUAGAGGAUGCAGACAGGAAAGAAACCAUAUAACUGUCCUGAUUGUGGAAAAACUUUCAUUGCAAAUUCCCAGUUGGUGAUACACCAGAGGACUCACACAGGAGAGAAAACCUUUGAAUGUCCUGAUUGUGGUAAACAUUUCAGUCGGAAUUCAAGCCUGGUGACACACAAAAUGACUCACACAGGAGAGAAACCCUUUGAAUGUUCUGAUUGUGGCAAACGUUUUAGUUGGAAUUCCCAUUUGGUUAAACAUCAGAGGACUCACACAGGAGAGAAACCCUUUGAGUGCCCUAAUUGUGGGAAAAGUUUCAGUGAGAAUUCUAACCUAGUAAACCAUCAGAGGGCUCACACAGGAGAGAAACCCUUUGAAUGUCUUCAUUGUGGCAGAAGUUUCAGUCAGAAUUCCAACCUGGUGAAACACCAGAGGACUCACACAGGAGAGAAACCCUUUGAAUGUCUUGAUUGUGGAAAAUGUUUCAGUCAGAAUUCAAGCCUUGUGAUUCAUCAGAGGACUCACACAGGAGAGAAACCCUUUGAAUGUUCUGAUUGUGGCAAACAUUUCAGUUUGAAUUCCCAUUUGGUUAAACACCAGAGAACACACACAGGAGAGAAACCCUUUGAAUGUCCUGAUUGUGGGAAAUGUUUCAGUCAAAGGUCCAGCUUGGUAGUACACCAGAGGAUUCACACAGGGGUGAAACCCUUUGAAUGUCCUGAUUGUGGAAAAAGUUUCAGUCAGAAUUCUGAGCUGGUGAACCAUCAGAGGACUCACACAAGAGAAAAACCCUUUGAAUGUCCUGAUUGUGGGAAAAGUUUCAGUCAUAAUUCUAACUUGAUAAGCCAUCAGAGGACCCACACAGGAGAGAAACCUUUUGAAUGUCUUCAUUGUUACAGAAGAUUCAGUGAGUAUUCCAACCUGGCAACACACCAAAGGACUCACACAGGAGAGAAACCCUUUAAAUGUCCUCAUUGUUUGAAAAAUUUCAGUCAGAAAUCAAGCCUGGUGAUUCAUCAGAGGAUUCACACAGGAGAGAAACCCUUUGAAUAUCCUGAUUGUAGGGAAAGUCAGAAUUAUGAGCUGGUUAACCAUCAGAAGGCUCACACAGGAGAAAAACCCUUUGAAUGUCCUGAUUGUGGGAAAGGGUUCAGUCAGAAUUCUACCCUUGUGAAACACAAGAGGACUCACACAGGAGAGAAACCCUUUGAAUGUCCUGAUUGUGGGAAAGGUUUCAGUCAGAAUUCCAACCUGGUGGAACACCAGAGGACUCACACAGGAGAGAAACCCUUUGAAUGUUCUGAUUGUGGCAAAUGUUUCAGUUGGAAUUCCAGUUUAGUUAAACACCAGAGAACUCACACAGGAGAGAAACCCUUUGAAUGUCCUAAUUGUGGGAAAAGUUUCAGUCAAAGGUCCAACUUGGUGGUACACCAGAAGACUCACACAGGGGAGAAACACCUUGAAUGCACUGAUUGUGGUAAAAAUUUCAAUGAGAAUUCCAAACUGGUGAAACAUCAGAGGACUCACACAAGAGAAAUGAUAUGAAUGUCCAGAUUGUGGAAAAAG